AUGAGCUGCGAAAUGCCUCUGAAGUUCGUGACCUCAACCAGAGGUAGGCCAAUGCUUUGUGUGGGAGGUUUUGUCUUCCGCAAAGACCGAAGCACGCUUGAUAAGACAACGUGGCGUUGCGAGGAGGAAACUUGUCGAGCUCGCAUCAGCACCGCGGACGGCACUCAUAGUGAUCCACCUGAACACAUGCACGCCCCGGAUUCAGUCGGAAUCGAUGUCCGCGAGAGAUUAGAUUGCCUACGUAAAUCUGCGGUUCAGAAGACCUACGCGAAGUCGACCGCGUUGGUUGCCGCAGCUGUCAGCGAGAUGACCACCAAAGGUGACCCCUUUUUACUGUACGACUCUGGGGAAGGGGACUGCGAAAGGAUGAUAAUCUUCGCCACCCCCGAUAAUCUCGAGCUACUGAAGACAUGCGGCGAGUGGUUCUUAGACGGAACCUUCAAAGUUUGCCCCCUGAUUUUUCAUCAGAUGUACAGCGUCCUCGUGAAGAUUUCCGGCUCUCACAAAACUGUUCCCGUCGUGGAUUCCUUGAUGCCGGGGAAAACAUCGAGAACUUACAGACGAUUUCUGACAAUCCUGACCAGCUUCCUCGAUGACUUUCGGCCAGAGGUACUUCACGUGGACUUCGAGAUCGCAAUG